AUGUCUGACAGCGCUGUUGGCCCAAACGGCAAGCUGAAGGAUGCGUCCGAAAUCGUAUGGUACAACGAUGCGGAUGACGAUCAGCCUAUCCCCUCCUCAUCUACGAUCAAGUCUCCACUGCACCCAUUCUUCGCUGGUGCUGCUCCCCCUGCAGCUGUCAUAGCUGGUGCCCGUCGUUCUAAUCGAGCACCUCGCCCUUCAAUGAGGAUACUUGAUCCCGACAACGUUGCAUCAUCCAGUACUGCCCAAGGUAAACGAAAAGCUGCCGACGAUCUUACCAGACGACGGGUCGCACGGAUGAUUAUUGCAAGCCCUACCACCUCCAGUCAUGAUGGAGAAUCCGACGGUGAUGUAGAUAUUGGUGGUACUGAUCUCGAUGCAGUAGGUGGUGACACCGAAGCCGAGGAUGACGUGGAGUGUGCAUAUGCAUCGACAAAAUCGAUGGGAGAUGCAGACCGUAAGGGUUUGACUUGCCGUCCUAAGGCUGAACGAACCGCAGAUGUUCGUACCAUUUUCAUCAAGAAAGAUGAUUAUGUAGACCCACAUACUGGGCUUGUCGAGUCAGGACACGUGUGCACAGUCUGCCAAAAGAAUGGUGUUGCCACUAGACAAUGCUUCUUCAAGGGUAGCAUGUCAACCCUCCAAUACAGGCAUCCCGACCAUAUCAAGGUUUAUCAAGAACAUUGCAAGAAAUUAGACAUUCCCUUGAACGAAAGGGCGUGUCCAAAGUCUGAUACGACUGAAACCCUCGACAGUCAACGAAGUCUUGAUGGGAUUGUAAUUCAUCAGCCACGCGCACCUGCAUUUACAACCAGCGGCCUUCUCGACUAUGUCGUGGAGUUGAUUGACAUUCUCAAGGUUGGUUGGUUUACCUGUGAUAAUGCAUCGAGCAACGACAUGUGCCUUGCCACCUUUGCAGAUAUUAUCAAUGCUGAUAAGGGUGCUGGUGCGAAGAUGUGGGAUCCUGUUCAAGAUGUAUGGAACAUACCAUUAACCUUGCUGCCGGAUGUUUCGUCACCACUGUCUCACCGACAUCAGCUCGCAAGCUUCUCAAAAAGAUAA